GACCUAUUCACGAAGGUUAACUGUACAUACUGCCAGGAAGAAAUAAACAGUGUUAGAGUAAAAUGUUGUGUUUGUGCCGAUUUCGACAUAUGCCUUCCAUGUUUUUCAGUUGGUGCAGAAAUAGGACCGCACAAAAAUGAUCACUCCUACAAAUUUGUUGACCACUGUGCAGCUAGUGUCUUUGGUGGAAGAGGAGGAUGGACAGGUAAAGAACAUUUGCAAUUGUUGGAUGCAGUAGAGUUGUAUGGAUUUGGUAAUUGGGAGUUGAUCAGUGAACAUGUUGAAACAAGAACUCCAGAAGAGGUAAAAGAAGAAUACAUAGCUCGUUAUUUAGAUGGAAAUGUAGGAAAAGCCACUCUAGCCAGCGUUAUUGCCAAUAAGCCAGUUUUAACUGAUCAUGUCAAGGAAGAUACAGGACCUCUGUCACCUACUGUUGUAGCUAAGUUACCACCAUUAGAUGUCACUCUUGAAGAAGCUCGACUGCUAGGCUACAGACCACAUAGAGAUGAUUAUGAAAGGGAGUACAACAUGGAGGCUGAGCAUCUAGUAUCUAAGCUUGUCUUAAAUCCCGAUCAAGAUACUGAAAUGGAGAUUGCUUUAAAAUUGUCAAUAGUAGAUAUGUAUGCUAGGAGAUUAAGGGAAAGAGCUCGUAGAAAAAGAUUAGUUAGGGAGUACCAACUGGUAGCAAAAUACUUUGCUAAUAUGAGAAAAGAUCCCAGUAAGAUGCCACAAUUUACAAAGGAACAAAGGGAAUUACGGGAAAAAUUUCGAGUUUUUUCCCAAUAUAUGUCCUGUGGCGAGCAUGACCGUCUUAUAGCAAGUUUAGAAAGAGAAAGUCAACUACGUCAUCGAUUGUCGGAACUUCUGAAGUAUCGCAGUUUGGGUCUUAAGACGCAAGAAGAAAUCAUCCAUUAUGAACAGCAUGUUGUUCAUGAAAGGCAGCAGAUGUUGAAGCAAACCAACAAAACUUCUAACAAUACCAAAAAUCCAGGCUACGUUAAAAGAAACAAGUUGUACCAAUUUGCAUUCCAUCUGGGACAACAAUGGCUUUCUACUGCAGGUGUUCCGCCUCCAAAAAGGAAAAAGAGACGAUCGAAGCACCGUUUCCACCGAAAGAAGGUUCACGUCGGAACGAAACGGAAGAUGCGACAUCAGCAGUUACUACUUCAACAGCAACUGGAACUAGGAUAG